AUGCAAGCAGCCAUGAGAGUUGCUGCAGGCAGACGUCAUGCGCUGGCGGUCAUGGCAACUCCGCAGCCAGCCCUAAUUGCCUGCAUGCUUCCAUCCACGACGCUAGCCAAUCACCAUCCCAGCAUCCGGGACUCCAGCCAAUCCCCCUCCAGCACCCGGGGACUCCAGCCAAUCACCAUCCCAGACCGGGACUCAGCAACACCAUCCCAGCCCCGGGGAUCCGCCAAUCCCCACCCCAGCACCCGGGACUCCACCCAAAAUCCUCAUCCCAGCUCCGGGAUCAGCCAAUCCUCUCCCAGCACCGGGGACUCAGCCAAUCCAUCCCAGCACCCGGGGAAACCCCACCCAAUCCUCACCCCAGAUCCGGGACCCCAGCAAAUCACAUCCCAGAUGGGGACUCCACCCAAACCCUCACCCAAGCACCGGGACUCCAGCCAAAUCACCAUCGCAGCAUCCGGGACUCCAGCCAAUUCAUCCAGCUCGGGACCCAGCCAAUCACCACCCCAGCACCCGGGACUCCCCCAAAUCCUCAUCCCAGCUCCGGGACCCCACCCCAAUCCUCAUCCCCAGCAUCCGGGACCCCCAGCCAAUCACCUCCCAGACCCGGGGACCCCGCCAAUCCUCAUCCCAGCAUCCGGGAUCCACCCAAUACCAUCCCGCACCCGGGACUCCGGGCCAAUCCUCAUCCCAGCACCCGGGACCCCACCCAAAUCCCCAUCCCAGCAUGGGACCCACCCCAAUACCAUCCAGCAUCCGGGACCCCAGCCAACCUCAUCCAGCAUCCGGGAUCCAGCCAACCCUCACCCCAGCCCCGGGCUCACCCAAUACCCCCCAGCCCCGGGACCCAGCCAAUCCCACCCCAGCACGGGACUCCAGCAAUCACCAUCCCAGCACCCGGGGACCCCAGCCAAUCUCAUCCCAGCAGGGGACCCCAGCCAACACCACCCCAGCAUCCGGGACUCCACCAACACCCCCCCAGCAUCGGGACUCCAGAAUCACCAUCCCAGCAUCCGGACCCCCAGCCAAUCCCAUCCAGGCUACCAACCUCCCAGCACUUCCCUCCAUCAGGGCUACCAACCUCCCCGCACUUCCCUCCAUCAGGGCUACCAACCUCCCAGCACUUCCCUCCAUCAGGGCUACCAACCUCCCAGCACUUCCCUCCAUCAGGGCUACCAACCUCCGCACAUUCCCUCCAUCAGGGCUACCAACCUCCCUGCACUUCCCUCCAUCAGGGCUACCAACCUCCCUGCACUUCCCUCCAUCAGGGCUACCAACCUCCCCGCACUUCCCUCCAUCAGGGCUACCAACCUCCCCGCACUUCCCUCCAUCAGGGCUACCAACCUCCCCGCACUUCCCUCCAUCAGGGCUACCAACCUCCCCGCACUUCUCUCCAUCAGGGCUACCAACCUCCCCGCACUUCCCUCCAUCAGGGCUACCAACCUCCCAGCACUUCCCUCCAUCAGGGCUACCAACCUCCCUGCACUUCCCUCCAUCAGGGCUACCAACCUCCCCGCACUUCCCUCCAUCAGGGCUACCAACCUCCCCGCACUUCCCUCCAUCAGGGCUACCAACCUCCCCGCACUUCCCUCCAUCAGGGCUACCAACCUCCCCGCACUUCCCUCCAUCAGGGCUACCAACCUCCCAACACUUCCCUCCAUCAGGGCUACCAACCUCCCAGCACUUCCCUCCAUCAGGGCUACCAACCUCCCAACACUUCCCUCCAUCAGGGCUACCAACCUCCCCGCACUUCCCUCCAUCAGGGCUACCAACCUCCCCGCACUUCCCUCCAUCAGGGCUACCAACCUCCCGCACUUCCCUCCAUCAGGGCUACCAACCUCCCCGCACUUCCCUCCAUCAGGGCUACCAACCUCCCAGCACUUCCCUCCAUCGCUACCAACCUCCCCGCACAUCCCUCCAUCAGGGCUACCAACCUCCCUGCACUUCCCUCCAUCAGGGCUACCAACCUCCCCGCACUUCCCUCCAUCAGGGCUACCAACCUCCCCGAUCAGGGCAAACUUUGGGCUGCAAUCUGCGACCUUAGAUAAAGUUAAAAUCCCAGACCACGACGGCGCUGUUAGAAUACGUAACGGCAAGGAAUCUUGGUGA